AUGGACGACGGAGCUGUUGCUGGCGGAUGUUGCGGAUUGUUCUGCACCGGUAUCUUACAACAGUUCUUCAAUACACGUACAUGGGGUGCAAAUUGGACUUGUUGCGAUAAAUGUUGUCGAUGUGAUUGUUGUUGGGAUGCAGGAGAAUAUGAUCCAAACAAUAGACCGGGAGAUGGAGUUGCAAGAAAGCAUGAUCAACAACAACAAGUCGAUCAAACAGAAGGAGAUGGGAAUGCUCCUCCUGCCUAUAAAGCAACUGAUCCAAUGACGGUCAAGCCAACAGAGAAUCAACAAGCACCAGUCAGUGUUGGAGCGGGCGCCGUUCCAGCAGCCGCAAGUGAACCAGCUCCCUUGCCCGAUGCUACAGCUGCUUCUCAACCCCAAGCGACCGUUGCAGCUGCAUCCAAUGCAGGCAGGACACAAACUGGAAUGUAA